CGUCACUCGCGGGAAUGGCUGAGAGAAAGAAGCGCGAGAUAGAAACUUGGGCGCGCGGCAAUACAUGUUUAGCUGGCGAGUGUUUAUUAUAUUUGCUCGAUCAUCUCAUUAACAUCACAGCCCCACAGAAGAAGAAGAGUAACAUCACAGAUGUUUGUAUGCUGCGUGCACAGUGGCCUCCUAAAGUUCUGUUUAAUUGGUGCAUUUUGAGCAAACAUUAGGGAAAUGUCGUGGUUUGCGCGCGGUGAGGAUGAGGAAGAGGCCAUGUGUCAGGACACAGACUCCGAUGUGGCUGAUCAGAAGGAUUGUGGGAAAGUGAAAGUGAAGUGGACCCAGGAGGAGGAUGAUAAGCUGCGAAAAUUGGUGCUGAGCUUUGGACCAAAUGAUUGGAAAUACAUUGCUGGCUUUUUACCUAGUCGAUCAGAGCAUCAGUGUCAGCAUCGCUGGUUCAAAGUUUUGGAUCCUGAUCUCGUCAAAGGUCCCUGGACAAAGGAGGAGGAUGAGAAGGUGAUUGAGCUCGUGAAAACGUACGGCAACAAGCAGUGGGCGAUGGUGGCCAAGCACCUGAAGGGCCGUCUUGGGAAGCAGUGCAGAGAGCGCUGGCACAACCACCUCAAUCCAGACGUCAAGAAGUCUUCCUGGACCCCAGACGAAGAUCUCAUCAUCUACAAGGCUCACUGUGUGCUGGGCAACCGCUGGGCCGAGAUCGCCAAACUGCUUCCUGGAAGAACGGACAAUGCUGUCAAGAACCACUGGAACUCUACCAUCAAGCGUAAAGUAGAAACAGGUUACUACAGCGGCGUGGACACGACCCUUCAGGUGCUCCAGCAGCCAGAGAGUGAAGAGGUCAGUCAGCGGCAGGUGGAGGUUUGCUAUGAUGGGACCAGUGAGGGAUUACCAGUCGAAGACUUGAAGAGGGAUCCGGAUGCACAUGAGAAAGUCACCUCUGCUCCACACAAAACUGCAUCUCCCAAGACACCGAAAGCUCCAGUGACCCCCAAAAGUGAAGCUGGAGACUCGAAUGUGUCCACGUGGGUGAUGGACCGCUCCGGCUUUCUCUCUCCCUCAGCGGCCCCCACGCUAAAGGAGGUGAUGGAGCUGAUGGAUGGGGAUCUUGAGGGCUGGUGUACGAUGUCGGACUUUGAGCUGCCGGAGGAGAGCCAGAGCUCUGAGCUGCUGCAGUUUCGUCUGGAGGGCAGCACCCUGCAGGAGCUCAGCAAGGGCAGCAAAGGGGAGCUCAUUCCCAUCUCACCCGGCGGGGCGACGCCUCCGUCCAUCCUGAGCCGCCGCAGUCGCCGCCGCAUCGCCCUGUCCCCAGACCCCAACGACUCCAUGACCCCCAAGAGCACACCCGUCAAAAUCCUGCCUUUCUCUCCUUCACAGUUCCUUAAUAUGUGGACCAAGCAAGACACGCUGGACCUGGAGAAUCCUUCUCUGACGUCGACUCCUGUCUGCAGCCAGAAGGCCACCGUCACGACACCCCUGCACCGCGACAAAACCCCGCUCACGCAGAAGGAGAACUCACUGUUUAUCACACCAAAUCACAAAUCUGAUCUGGACACGACUCCCCGAACCCCCACUCCUUUUAAAAACGCCUUGGAGAAAUACGGCCCUCUGCGGCCCCUGCCUCCGACCCCAAAUUUGGAGGAAGACCUUAAAGAAGUGUUGCGCAGUGAGGCAGGAAUUGAGCUGAUAGUAGAAGAUGAAACUCCUACAGAGAAGAAACGCAAACAAGUGUACCGGCCGCUGAAAGUGCGCAAGUCUUUGGCUCUGGAUGUCAUUGACUGCAGUGAGACUGUUGCUGCACGAAAGCAGCAAAUUAAACACGCAGUCAAAACAAGUCAGAAGGCUCACAUGGCACGGUCGCUCGCUCUCGUGUCCUCUUGUGGUGUGAAGCAGGAAGAGAACGUGUUGGAUCAAGGAUUUAUUCUUGGCCCGAAUGAGAGCGGGCUGCCCACUAAACCUGUGCCUCCCACACUGAAACGGAGUCCUCCAUUACCUAUGUCUCCAGCCUGGGAAACUGUUGUCUGUGGACGGACAAAAGACCAGCUGAUCAUGACAGAGAAAGCAAAGCGGUACCUUCGCUCUUUAAAAUCUCAUGCCCCAAACCGAGUGCUCAUACUUUCCUGAUCCCACGCCGAGUCCCAAUGCAGCUCCUGGAUAUUUUUUUUACAAAGCAUAAUGUGUAAACUUUGUGUUGAUUUAAAAAAAAAAUUUGAAAUGUCAUGUAGAAUAUGAAACCAAUUACUUGUUCCAGAACAGACACUUUAAUGCUGAUAAUGCUUUUGUCCGGUUUUCUGUGGCAUAUUAGCACAUUCAGAACACUUCAUUUAACCCUGUAUAAUAAGUAUUGCUAUUUUGUUUUAUUUAUGUGUUGUCAACCUGCUUUUGAUGUGGCUGCAAAUAUAAAAUGUCAAGCAUACCAAGCCGAGUAAAUAAUCAGGUUACUGUUCAGGGAUCUCAGUAUCGUUUUGUAUUCUGUUCAAAUUUUCUGCAUUUCUGUAAGGAUAACUAGACAUCUGCUAGACGCAGCUCGUGUGAUGUACUGGCUGAAUAUACAGUCUGUAUUAAAAGAAAUAGGUUGACAUUUUUCCUGGCUUUAGGAGGGUCAACAUAUUACACAUUUUGAAGUUUUGUAAAGUAACCUUUAGGACCUCAGGCUAAGGCCUUAAUUCAGUGUGCAUAGAAACAUGAAAACGUGUUUUGUCUGAAAAACAAAAAAAUGUAGGCUAUUGUAUGCUACAAAAGAAAAAUAAAAUGG